AAGUUCGUCCCACGUUUUCUAACAGCACGUCCCAAAUACAACACCUUGCCUUUUCUCAAGGCACUUUCACUUUUAUCAUUUGAUCCUCGGGAGAAUUCUGGGGAUUGGCGUGAAACUAAGUCUGGGGGUGCAGAAGUCUCUGGCUCGGGGCUGGACGAGAUGAGAAAAGUGGGGCUUGGAGAGAUUUCACUUGUCCCAGGUCAUCUAGCUGCUGUCUUGAAGCCCCAGGAGUCUCUGGCUCAGACUUUUCCCACCCUAGACAGUACAGAGCCAGAAGGGAAGACGGUGGAGGAGAACUAUGAGAUGGAUGUCCAGUUUUGCUGGAAGGGCUAUAAGAAUUAUAUGGACUCUGUGGAAAAGGAUUGGUGCGACUGGGCCGUAAUUAGCAGACCGUACAGUGCCCUGCGAGACUGCUUGGAGCAGACUGCGGAAGAAUACGGCCUGGGCUUCCCCAAUCCCUGGGCUGAGAGGAUCAUUUUUGAGACUCACCAGAUCCACUUUGCCAACUGCUCCCUGGAGCAGCCUACCUUCUCUGAUCCCCCAGAAGACGUGCUCCUGGCCAUGAUCAUCGCACCCAUCUGCCUCAUUCCCUUCCUUGUCACUAUCGUGGUGUGGCAGAGUAAAGACAGUGAGGCCCAGGCCUAGGGUGGUAUGGGCUUCUCAAGGGCCAUCUUAUUCAUCUCCUCCCCCCAGGGCCCCUCCUUCCCCUCCCUACUUCCUUCUCUCAUGCUUACCCCCACCAAAGAACCUUGGGUUGGUGGAAAUGGACACUGGUGGUGACAUGGCACAAGUUCUGUAAUCUUCAUAAUAAAUUUUUUUUUUGUACAACA